AUGACGGCUCCCGACUCUAAAACCAUUCGCGACCUCAAUGGAACCUGGACUGUGAACAGAUCCUUAUCAGACGACCUGUCAGAGACUCUAGGAGCGCAAGGUCUUAGCUGGAUCACCCGAAAAGUCCUGACGUCUGGGGGCAUAAGCCUGACCAUCACGCAGAACAGCCUGGCAUCUCCAGAACCUGGUGCCUCAGUGAUCUACCAGUUGUGCCAAGAGCAGAUAGUGACCCCGGGAAAUUUCAAGAGCGAGGACAUCUACCUGCUGGACGGUGUUGAACGCGACCAGAAAACGCAGGCAUUUGGAGCCCUCGUGACCAUGGUCAAGUUCGUCCCUAUCGAAGAGGGCCGGGACAAGGAAUUGGCAAAGAGGCUCCGCGAUGGCGGUGUUGAAGAGGUUAUUGAAGAGUUUAGCACCAGCAAGAGGGGUGGUUGGUCGACUUUGACAACUUGGGCCGUAGAAAAUAUCGGCGGAGAAAGACGCUUCACUCAGUCUAGCAUCACCGAGAAGAGCGGGAAGAGCGUCAAAGCGCGCCUGGUAUAUGACUAUUGUGGAUGA